GAUGCCAGUUGCCAGUGGAACAUUGCGUGCCGCAACAAGAAGCAGAGAUGCGAUUGACAGAAGACUGCAGAUUGCCUGCAUAUUGACGGAAAUAAUAAGACAACCAACACGAAGAGCUGACAACGACCAUUAGAAAAAUAAGCCAUUAUGAUUGGCGGAUUUCCCCUGUCAUGCAAACAGCCAACAUGGCUGUUAUUCUUUCUGUUCCAUUUCUGUCUUAUUACCCAUGAUCCACACAUGACCCACUGUGUUUUAAAUCUUCUGGUGAAAGGCUGAAUUAGAAACCAAAACGCCUUUCCAGUAGCUCACAUGCACGACUGAAUACAUGGAGGUAUAAGCCCCCACUGGCAGAAGAAACCCCCGCAUAAAAAGUGUGCGCUCAAAAUGGAAAGCGCAGCCUCCCCUCCUUUGUGCGUAAACGAUGCGGGGCCAGGACGGGAACACUUUGCUACCUUCAUCUGAGAAAACCCGGCCGGUGAAUGCUCAGUAGGGGAGGGGAGAAGGAUAAAAUCUGAAGAAGAAGAAAACGCCAGCAUCAAGUGAGGGUCGCUUUCCAACGCAGCGGUCUGCCGAGGAGGAGCGCAGCGUCGCCACCUGGUUAUAUUCUGAGGCCGAGGAAGAGGAGAGGGAAAAGAUGGACAUCACCGACCAAGGAGCCCAAAUGGAGCCGCUCUUACCCACGGAACAAAGUUCUCAAGAAAGUAAAGAUGUGAGGACCGAUGAGGAGGCGGUGUUGGACCGCGGGGGAACACGUUCUAUGCUCAACACCAAUUUUGAGAAGGAAGAACUUGAAGGUCACCGCACUCUCUACAUUGGAGUCCACGUCCCCUUGGGUCGGAGGUCGCACCGUCGACACCGUCACCAUGGACACAGACACAGGAAGAGGUCCAAGGAGAGGGACUCCACAGGGGAAGACGGGCGAGAAUCCCCCUCAUAUAACACUCCAGCUCAGAGGGUGCAGUUCCUUCUGGGCACAGAGGAUGGCGACGAAGAGCACAUCCCUCACGCCCUGUUCACUGAGAUGGACGAAAUCUGCCUCAGGGAGGGCGAGGACGCCGAAUGGAAAGAGACGGCUAGGUGGCUGAAGUUCGAAGAGGAUGUUGAAGACGGCGGCGAACGGUGGAGUAAGCCCUACGUGGCCACCCUGUCUCUGCACAGCCUGUUUGAGCUGCGGAGCUGCAUCAUGAACGGCAUCGUGAUGCUGGACAUGCGGGCCAACUCACUGGAGGAGAUCGCAGAUAUGGUCUUGGAUCAGCACGAGGGGUCCGGCUCUCUGGGUCCGGAUGCCCGGAAGAGGAUCCGUGAGGCCCUGCUCAAGCAGCACCAUCACCAAAACCACAAGAAGCUGGCCAACCGCAUCCCCAUCGUACGCUCCUUCGCUGACAUUGGCAAGAAGCAGUCCGAGCCUCAUUCCAUGGACAAGAACGGCCAAACGGUCUCACCGCAGUCCCAGCCGUCCAACAACGAGGCCAAACAGGACGUCAGUCGAGAAAACAGUGCUGUGGACUUCAGUAAGAUUGACCUCCAUUUCAUGAAGAAGAUCCCUCCUGGAGCGGAGGCGUCCAAUGUGCUGGUUGGGGAGCUGGAGUUCCUGGACCGCCCAGUGGUGGCCUUUGUCCGCUUGUCUCCAGCUGUGCUGCUCAACGGCCUUACCGAAGUUCCCAUCACCACCAGGUUCUUGUUCAUCCUCCUGGGACCUCUGGGUAAAGGUCCCCAGUAUCAUGAAAUUGGGCGAUCUAUUGCUACCCUGAUGACUGAUGAGAUUUUCCAUGAUGUCGCCUAUAAGGCCAAAGACAGGAGUGACCUGGUGGCAGGAAUCGACGAGUUUUUGGAUCAGGUGACCGUGUUGCCCCCCGGCGAGUGGGACCCCUCCAUCAGAAUAGAGCCGCCGAAGAAUGUUCCCUCUCAGGAAAAGCGAAAGAUCCCCCCCGUUCCCAACGGAGUGACGGAUCUUGGAGAGUCUGAGGAGCACGGAGGACAUGGUGGCCCUGAGCUCCAGCGUACGGGGAGGAUAUUUGGUGGAAUGAUCUUGGACAUCAAGCGAAAAGCCCCUCACUACCUUUCAGACUACACAGACGCCAUCAGCCUCCAGUGUCUGGCCUCCUUCCUCUUCCUGUACUGCGCCUGCAUGUCACCUGUUAUUACCUUUGGAGGACUCCUGGGCGAAGCCACAGAGGGCCGCGUGAGUGCCAUCGAGUCUCUGUUUGGGGCUUCAAUGACCGGGAUAGCCUACUCUCUGUUUGCCGGUCAGCCCCUCACCAUCCUGGGCAGCACUGGGCCCGUCCUCGUCUUUGAGAAGAUCCUUUUCAAGUUUUGCAAGGAAUAUGGCCUGUCCUACCUCUCCCUGAGGACCUGCAUUGGGCUGUGGACGGCCUUCUUCUGCCUGCUGCUGGUGGCCACAGAUGCCAGCUCGCUUGUCUGCUACAUCACUCGCUUCACUGAAGAGGCUUUCGCCGCACUAAUCUGCAUCAUCUUCAUCUACGAGGCCCUGGAGAAGCUGAUUCACUUGGGGGUGCACUAUCCGGUCAACAAACACAACGACCUGCAGAAGCUCACCCAGUACUGGUGUAGCUGUGUUGAGCCUAGGGACCCGAGCAAUGAGACCCUGCAAUUUUGGGAUGAGAGGAACAUUACAGUCUCCCAGGUCAACUGGACCUCACUGGAGGUCAAGGAGUGUGAGGUGUUACAUGGGGAGUUUCAGGGGCCCGCCUGUGGCCACCACGGCCCCUACAUCCCAGACGUCCUCUUCUGGUGUGUGGUGCUCUUCUUCACCACAGUCUUCAUGUCAGCCUUCCUGAAGGAGUUCAAGUUCAGCCGCUACUUCCCCACCAAGGUCAGGUCUAUCAUCAGCGACUUUGCAGUCUUUAUCACUAUCCUCACUAUGGUCCUUGUUGAUUAUGCCAUAGGAAUCCCAUCGCCUAAAUUACAAGUUCCCAACAAGUUCAAACCAACUAGAGACGAUCGGGGCUGGGUCAUAAACCCGGUUGGACCCAACCCGUGGUGGACCACCAUCGUCACCUUUGUCCCCGCUCUGCUCUGCACCAUCCUCAUCUUCAUGGACCAGCAGAUCACAGCGGUGAUUAUCAACAGGAAGGAGCACAAGCUGAAGAAAGGCUGUGGCUACCACCUGGACCUGUUUGUGGUGGGGGUGAUGCUGGGCGUGUGCUCGGUGAUGGGCCUGCCGUGGUUCGUGGCGGCCACCGUGCUCUCCAUCUCCCAUGUGAACAGCCUGAAGCUGGAGUCGGAGUGCUCGGCUCCCGGAGAGCAGCCCAAGUUCCUGGGCAUCCGCGAGCAGCGCUUCACCGGCCUCAUGAUCUUCACCCUCAUGGGCUGCUCCGUCUUCAUGACCUCCGUGCUAAAGUUCAUCCCCAUGCCCGUCCUCUACGGCGUCUUUCUGUACAUGGGAGCGUCUUCCCUCAGAGGCAUCCAGUUCUUCGAUCGCUUGAAGCUGUUCGGCAUGCCAGCCAAACAUCAGCCUGACUUCAUCUACCUUCGACACGUGCCGCUGAGGAAGGUCCACCUCUUCACCAUCGUCCAGCUCAGCUGCUUAAUCCUGCUGUGGGUCAUCAAGACCUCCAGGGCGGCCAUCGUUUUUCCCAUGAUGGUCUUGGCGCUGGUAUUUAUUCGCAAGUUGCUGGAUUUCAUCUUCACCAAGAGAGAGCUGAGCUGGCUGGAUGAUCUGAUGCCAGAGUGGAAGAAGAAGAAGCUGGAGGAUGCAGCACAAGAGGAGGAACACAGUAUUAUCGCAGAGGAGGAAGGGAUUGUUCAAGUCCCACUAGAGGGGCACUACAGGAGUGACCCAGCCACGGUGAACAUCACCGAUGAAAUGUCUAAGGGAUCUUUCGGGAACGUGUGGAAGGGCGUCAAUCCCGCUGAGAACACGAAAAAGGAAGUGGGAUUGAAAAGCUCCCCUUCCUAACCUCUCAGAAGCCAAUACCCCAAAGUUACGCCAGAAGCGGUGAAAAGCGACACAAGCGGAGGAGGCAUGACAAGAGUCUGGACAGGGAGACGAGUUUGUGAUGACACAUGCUGGCGACGCCACUGUGCUGUCAGUCAGUAAAUACAAAUAAAAGAAAAAAAAACAGAAAAAAAAAACAAAUAUACCGUGCCACACUCAGCCACCUAUGUACUGUGCUACACUGUGUUUUUAGUCAUGUAAGUCUGUGUGCGAGUUCAGAAGAAAGAAAUAUUUUGUUGGAAACCAUAAGCAACAUAAGAAAACUCACUGAGUUAGACACCAAGUUAGGCAAACAGAAGGAAGAACCAACACUGGACUUAAUUUGAUCCGCAUUCAGACCAGCAAUGGGUGCGGGAAUGAUCAGUUAGUGAACAGCUAGCAUGUUGCAGAGGGUGUACAUGUGGCAUUACUAGCAGAAUGACAGUAUCUGUUCAAACUAAGUUGUCAAGCACUUUAACACUCUAUACCUGCAGAAGGAGGCUUUUGGUAAAUGUUUGUAAGACAUUGCUCCACUAUUGGCUGCUCUUAUGCCUUUUCGUCACAAAUGUGCACAAAACUUUACUGACAUUCCGCUAAUGUAAAAAAAAAAAAC